AGGAGUCCACGGUUCUCUCACCUCGGCGGUGUGUUCAUUCAACUUCUAGUUUUCCUUUCUUUUCAGCCACAAAAUCUCCCGCGCACAAUAGACAACAGCGACUCAACAAUUCUACACUACGCCCUAUCUAUCGACCGUAAUUCUUUGUCCUCUCUCUCUCUCUAGAAACAACUCUGUUCUGUUCUGUUCUGUUCUCUCACUCAUUCCUCCAUUUGGAUUUGGCUUCUGUAAAUGGAAUGAAUUCUUGUUCAAUUGAAUUCCAAUUUCCAAAAAAUUUAGUUUGAAAACAAGUAAAUGGCUUCUCUGCAGAUUCCGAAAUCGAGCUUGUCUCCUCCGUUGUCAGUUUCUCACUCGAAUUCCCGCUCGAAAUCGUACUGGUUUUGCUCCGAAUUCAAUUCCCACUCCAUUCGCAGUAUUAGAAAGGUGAAUCUCAAUCUCAACUUUCAAAGCCACCGGAGCUCCCCAAUCUCUAGAGUUUCUUGUAACCUUCAACAGUAUGACAACCAAAGCAAUGGUGAAGAACCUACUGAGUCAUUGUUUAUGAAAGAAUUAAAGAAAAGGGGUAUGAAUCCCACUUCAUUGCUUGAGGAAAGCAAUAGGAGUAUCUAUGGUGAUGAGGGGAUAAAAUUUAUGGAAGAAGAGGGUGGGUCCUCAAAAAGAAAUGCAGUGUCAACAGAUUAUGAGAAAAGCUUAUCUAAUCAAAGGGAACGUUCUAUGGCACUGAACAGUGAAGGAUUUGAGGGUUUGAUUCCACGGGCUAAACUUUUACUAUCCAUUGGUGGAACUUUCUUCUUUGGAUUUUGGCCAUUGAUCCUUGUAACAAUUGCAUCCUUCUCUGCUCUAUACCUUUAUUUCGGACAAACUUUUGUCCAUGAUGCAAGCAUAAGAUUACCCAUAACACCUCCCCAAUACAUCGACCCAUACACACUUCUUGAAGAUGAAAGGAUAUCUCAAACAGCCCCUCACAAAAAUUGAAGGACAAACAUCUUCAGACGCUGGCUUCUUCAAGGUUCCGUAACAGGUUUCUGUUAUCUAUUUGCUUUGGUGUCUUUGUUCUAUUAUUUCUCUGUAAAAAUCUUAAAAUCAGGAAGAACAAGAACUUGACUUAUCAUUAUUUGUUUUAUUCUGUCAUUUAUUCAGUUGAAAUGCCCACUAGAAUCAUCAUAUUUGAUGUCUUCAAGACUUUAUCCA